GGAAGGGGGAGGGUGCUGGGGGGGGCUCAGCCCCUCCGUCCCCGUCUGCGCUCCCGCAGAAGCUGGGUGCCACCAUGGUGGUCACGCUGGGGUACUGGGACAUCCGUGGGCUGGCCCACGCCAUCCGGCUGCUCCUGGAGUACACGGAGACCCCCUAUGAGGAGAGGCAGUACCGCCCCGGCCCAGCCCCUGACUUCGACCCAAGCGACUGGACCAACGAGAAGGAGAAACUGGGCCUUGACUUCCCCAAUCUCCCCUACCUCAUCGACGGCCCCACCAAGCUGACGCAGAGCAACGCCAUCCUGCGCUACAUCGCCCGCAAGCACAACAUGGGCGGUGAAACGGAGGAGGAGAUGCUCCGCGUGGACAUGCUGGAGAACCAGAUCAUGGAUUUGCGUAUGAGCUUUGUCCGGCUGUGCUACAACCCUGACUUCGAGAAGCUGAAGCCAGCCUACCUGGAGCAGCUGCCGGGGAAGCUGCGGGAGCUGUCGCGGUUCCUGGGCUCCCGGCCGUGGUUUGCAGGGGAUAAGCUCACCUUUGUGGACUUUGUGGCGUACGAUGUGCUGGACCAGCACCGCAUGUUCGUCCCCACGUGCCCGGAGCUGCAGGGCAACCUGGGCCGGUUCCUGCAGCGCUUUGAGGCGCUGGAGAAGAUCUCUGCCUACAUGCGGUCGGGGCGCUUCAUGAAGACCCCCAUUUUCUGGCGCACAGCAAAGUGGUGCAACACCAAGGAGUGAGGGGGGGUCCCCCAUGCCCCCCCCCCCAGCCUCACCCCCCAGCACAAUAAAUCGGGGGGGUCUUCCCCCUUGUCCGGCUGCA